AUGGACAACGAUAAUUCUCGCUUCAACACCAUUGAUACACCGUUUGUCACGGCUUCCGAUGGAGAACAGGCACCUGCUCCGCCCUUGAUCACAACGAAUGCUGUCCGUCGGGGCGCCCUUGUAGUUGAUAUGGAUGAAGCGGCGGCGGGCCUGUGUGGCGAGUCGCAACCGCUAGUAGGGAGUCAACCCGCACCAGGAUCACAUGCCCCUGACAUCCUGCUGGUGCGCCCAGACGCGCGACGCGCUACACCUACUAGCGUAGAUAUAGCACCCACAUCAAUCAUGGUCGCCAAUGUCGCGUUAUCGCAGCGUAGCCCGCCCGUUCUCGCUCAGGACGCUCAGGACGCGCCCGCCGGACCGGUGCGGUCCGAGUUCCCCGAGUUCCCUUCAUCAACUGACGCAACCUCCAGUACCACCCUUGCCGGUACCGUGAGCACGCCCUCCAUGAAUGCUCGCUCAUCCCAAGCGCUCGCUUUGCUCGCUCGUUCAUUGAUUGAUAAUCUCGAGGCCAUCGCCCACCACGAGAUAGACCGAGUGUAUUACGCAUGCGUCUAUCUCCAAGGAUGUGUCGCCCACUAUGAAGACACGUUCAGAGUCACCAUCCGUGAUACGCACAGCGCAUAUUGUCGUAGUGUUGAUGAGGGCGAUGAGGCCCGUGACAUCGCUCAAGCACGCCUACAGUCUUUGGUCUCACACAUCGAGGCAUUUCUCCCGACACUUUCUGUUUGCGAG